AUGACUGACCCGAGUGCUGCGUUGCCAGCCCUGGAGCAACCUGUCAGUGCUGUCGUGAGGGAGUCCCGACCGCCAUCUCCGCACGAGCAGGAAGAUCGCGAAGCUCUCGAGCUCCAGGAGAUCCAAACAGGCGAGGAUGACGAGCUGGAAUAUUCUUCACCCUCUGCUUCAUCCGGAGAUGAGUAUCGGGUCACCACCCGGCGAACAGUGUCUCGCGCCACGAAUCCAUCCUCGCGCCACCAUCGGACUGGGCUUUGGAGCCGCAUCUGUCGAUUUUGGACACACCAUGUCACUCUGACGGUACCACAUAAAAAUAACCGGGACCAUUAUGCAUUGGAGAGAACAUUCCUCGCAUACAUCCGCACCUCGGUGGUUAUUGCAAUGCAAGGGGUAGUGAUCGCGCAGCUGUUCCGCCUUCAACGGUCCUCAUCAAGCGAAGACCGCUUGAAGUUCUACCAGGUCGGCAUUCCGCUCGCUGUCGCUUGCCACUCUGUGGCUGUUAUCGUCGCCCUGAUCGGAGCCUAUCGGUUCUGGAGACAACAAACCGCCAUUUCUAAAGGAAAAGUUCAUGCCGGAGGCUGGGAGCUCAAUUCGGUCGGCAUUUUGCUCUUUGCGGUAUGUUACACCUACCCCAAAAUCCGUUGA